GCGGCGGCGGCAGCAGCAGCGUCGUCGCAGGUUUUGACUGUGGUGCGGGUCCUCGUCUUUAGCCUGUUCCUCUACGCUGUGGGUGAUGCAAUUUACAGGUCUUACUGAAGGUAUGGCCUCACAAGUCUUGGUCUACCCAUCACACCUGCACUCAGCUCAAACAAGUGCCUUAGGAACCAGCAGCAGUAGUACCAGCAGAAACAAAGACUACGCUUGCCGCGGUCACAACACCAGCAGAGCCUUUCACCACCGACCCACGCCCAAGACUUAUGUGAUCGGCGUCAACUACGGUAUCGCCUACCCGAACAACGUGAUCUUAUCCUCAGGCUGUGGUGAUCCAGGAAGUCUGCCCGGGGGACUACAGGAGUGUACACCGCAGGCCGCGGGAUUACAGAGAGAGGAGAGCUGGGAGAUACGAGGAGACGGUCCCUCUGGGAUCCAGUGCGGAGGCCCACAGGAAGUGAGGCUUCGUAGAGACAGCGGCAGAACUCCGCCAGGAGGAGGUUUGGACUGCGGGCUACUGAGGAGGCCCUGCAUUAGAGCAGAGGAGGAGGGCAGAAACAGAGGAGCGCAAGUGAGAAGGGGAUACGUCAGUCUUCUAGACACAGGUGCCCCCCAGAGAUGUGAACAGAAGGCAGGCGAAGGUGGAGAGCAUCCCCGGGACAACAGCUGCGCAGGAACCAUGCAGAUAGUGGAGGAGGUAUCUGCUCUACCGUCACUUCCUCCCCCUGUGGCCAUGUUGCAAACGAGCACCGGGAACAAUGCAGACAGUGUCAGAGUAGGGGGUGUAGGGACACUGUCUACUCAACACGGCAGAGUUGAGGCAGUGACCGGCAUGGGAAUCGGUGCAGAAGGGACCAAGACCAGGUCUAACGGCAGCACCGAGGCUGUGGCGGGAGCCACGGUGACCAGAACCGGCUCAGGGGACGGCGACUAUCAGUUAGUUCAGCAUGAGGUCUUGUGCUCCCUGAAGAACAGCUAUGAGGUCUUGGAGUUCCUGGGCCGUGGCACCUUUGGUCAGGUGGUGAAGUGCUGGAAGAGGGGAACCAGUGAGGUGGUGGCUGUCAAGAUACUGAAGAACCACCCAUCCUAUGCACGUCAGGGACAGAUUGAGGUGGAGAUCCUGGCCCGCUUGAGCAGCGAAAAUGCUGACGAGCACAAUGUGGUGCGCGCCCUGGAGUGCUUUCAGCACCGCAGCCACACCUGCUUGGUGUUUGAGAUGCUGGAGCAAAAUCUCUACGACUUUCUGAAGCAGAACAAGUUCAGUCCGCUGCCGCUCAAAAUCAUCAGGCCCGUUCUGCAGCAGGUGGCGACAGCCUUAAAGAAGCUCAAGUGUAUGGGUUUGAUCCACGCUGACCUGAAGCCGGAGAACAUUAUGCUGGUGGACCCCUCCAGGCAGCCGUACAGAGUCAAGGUCAUCGACUUUGGCUCAGCCAGCCACGUCUCCAAGGCCGUGUGCUCCACUUACCUGCAGUCCAGAUACUACAGGGCUCCAGAGAUUAUUUUGGGCCUGCCAUUUUGCGAGGCCAUAGACAUGUGGUCACUGGGCUGUGUGAUAGCCGAGCUCUUCUUGGGCUGGCCCCUCUACCCUGGAGCGCUGGAGUACGACCAGAUCCGGUACAUCUCUCAGACUCAGGGCGUGCCGGCCGAGCAGCUGCUCAACAAGGGGACCAAGACCUCUCGUUUCUUCUCCAAAGAGUCCAACUCUCCCUACGCCUGCUGGAGACUAAAAACAACCGAAGAGCACGAGAAAGAGACGGGCCUGAAAUCCAAAGAGGCCAGAAAGUACGUCUUCACCUGUCUGGAUGACAUCGCACACGUGAACGUGGUGCUGAGCCCCGACGGCAGCGACAUGCAAGCGGAGAAGGCCGACCGGAGGGAGUUUGUGUCCCUGCUGAAGAGCAUGCUGCUGAUCGACGCCGAGCACCGGACCGUCCCCGCCAGCGUCCUCAGUCACCCCUUCCUCGCCAUGACCCAUCUGCUGGACUACCCGCACAGUAACCACGUGCAGUCAGCUUUCCACAUCAUGGACAUGUGCCACAUUCGACCCGCCAACGCAGUGUUUGACGCUCUGAAUGAGAACACCGUUCACUUCUCAAGGCCCCUUGUAGCCCCCGCCCCCUCCUCUGGCCUCCCUCUGGGCUACAGCAACAUGCCAGUUCACACACAGGCUAUAAACCAGUCAGUGUUGCAUCCUGGGAUAACUCUGACAACUGGGAACGGUCAGUUUGGGUGCACUGACUCCUUCCCACCUGCCCUUCUUCUUUGUCCUCCUGCCAUGCAAGGCAACCUUAACCAACAAGCAGGGUAUUCUGUUCCCAUGGUAACUCAGGCUCCCAUACAGCCCUUACCAGUGAGACCUGGUGUCAUUGCUCAGCAGGCUUGGUCCAGCCGAGGGCAGCAGCUCCUCGUCCCAGCAGCCUGGCAACAGAUGACUCCGGUGGGUCCUCCUCCUUCUCACCCACCUCCACCACCCCCGUCCUCCCUUACCAACGACGCUGCAGCCGCCCAGAGAAUCAGCGACUGGGGCCACUACACCUCGGUCAUGCAACAGCCUCUCCUGGCCAAUCAAAUGCAGGCCCUCUCUGCCCAUCAGCCAAUCAACAUCGGCAUAGCUCAUGUCGUGUGGCCCCAGCCGGCCAACAAAAGGAACCGACAUGUUCACAACAGGAACCUGUCCCACCCCAGUAACGUCCACAUGCCGGCCAAGAUGGCCGACGUUGGGCAGGCGGUGGCGCUCAGAGAGCAGCCUCAGAGGGAGGUGCCGCCGGUGGGGACCGGGCAACCGGCAGUUCAAAACCCAGACGCAGAGGGAAACCACGCAGUGGAGGAAGUGAGCUGCUUGAAAGAGGCGGUGCCAAACGCCAACAGCCAGCUGGACCUGUCCAGUCGGCAACAGCGAGAGGUGGCGGUCCUGAUGGGGGACACGCCGAGCCCCGCUGCCAGUGUAAUCAGCAUCCGCAGCGAACUGACCGACGAAGAGGACGAAGACCCUCACAGGUGCCAUCUGAGUGGGUGUAAAGCGGAGUGUGCGUGCGAGGCGUGCCGAAACACCAGUGUGUCCAUGGAGCGAGUGUGUUCCCUCAGCAGCCCCGACAGCAGCCUCAGCACCAGCUCUUUCGCCUCCAACUCGCUUCAGUCCAGCCCCUCCCUCUCACCGUGCAAGAGGCCCAACAGCAUGUCGGAGGACGACGGGCACGAGAGUGGCCACGACACAGUGGAAGGCUCCCCGGCGUCCGAUGCGUCGACCUCCCCGCCCACCAACAGCCCCUAUCGUUACCUCGACCGCAACCGCAACUGCAACAACCGCCCGCCCCUGGCCGCCGUGGUGGCGCCGCUGCCUUCCCCUGCGGUGCAGGGCCGGAGCCCCCGCGGCGUCAGGACGAUGGUGGUUCCGCCGAUGAGAGUGCAGAACAACAACGGCCACGGGACAGAGGAGCGUGUUCAGAGGGCAGUCUCAGAGUCCUGGUCCCGGUCCAAAGGGCGCUGCAGCCUCGUAGGACAACAGAGCACUCCCUCCUCCUUCCCCCUCCUCCCUUCCGCCCCCCUUCUAGCCCGGCAGCAAGUUACAGGGCAGCAGCAGCAUCCUCUGGGCUUUGGACAGGUGCAGCUGUACGGUUCGAACCACAGUGGCAAAGAGUGGAACGGCAACUAUGGGUCUCUGCGGCCGCACGCCUACAUCCCCCCCACGGUCCACACGCACGCCUUCACCCACCUGCCGCACAGCAGCCCCACGCACACCUCGGCCGUCCCGCACGCCCUGCUGCAGUACCCCCCCGGGGCCCCGCUCGCCGCUCACCACCCCCACCCCAUCCUCCCCUCCCGCCCGCCUCCCCCAACUCUCCUGCAGCACAGCUACGGCCUCUCCCAUCCCCAGGGAGGCGCCAUAGUGCACCAGGUGACCCUGGGCAUCAGUGCCCACCCCCACCACCACCACCACCACCACCCGGGCCACCCGGCUCCCCUCCCGCACAGGCUCCUCCCCUCCCCGACCGUCCAUCCGCACCACCAGCCCGGCUACGGCCACCACCCCCACCAGUUCAAGCCUCCCUUCCCGCCCCCUCACCCUUACAUGGCCUCCCCGGCCGCCUACACAGGCUUCCCCCUGAGCCCCACCAAGCUCAGCCACCACCCGCAGUUCUCCUAUAUCUGAGGAGCAGGACGGGGCCGCAGCAGUGCCUUCUGGUGAGGAAGGGCCACGGGAAAUGGACCGGAGCUGCGACCUGGGCAGGCAGAGCCGGCAGCAGAGUACAAAACGGACACUUUUGACGAGGAGGAGGACGAGGAGGACGACGACGAGGAGAGAUAUAUCUAAGGGGAUUGAAAAAGGAGAAGAAGAAGAAAAUGUGAGUUGAUGUUUCAUGGUGUUGUCGAGGACAAAUUAAUUCAGAUUGCCAGUGCAACUGAGAGACUUCCUGCAAAAAAAAUCGUGCACGAAGAAAACAGCGAUUGAUUUAAGACGGCGGAAAUAUAUAUAUAUUUUUUUUUGAGGAAGCGUCACGAGAGAGAGGACGACGUAGAGGACGAGCGUCCUCACUGGGUAACGCUCAGAGAUUCUAAACUAAUUAGAGGGCGGUGAAAUCGUUGGUUGUUGCCCCCGCCCCCCUACCCCUAUAUCUUUGUUGCCUUGUAGCAUGUGCUAGCCGGUGAUCUGUGUGUUGAAGCCAUCGUAGAGCGUAUUAACCAGGAUGGAGCGCUGCCAUCGCCUCGCUGCAGCCGUCGUCCUAGUGCCUUAAAAACCAGAGUCUCUGACGUUACUUCAGGAGCUUAUAGAUUGUACAUAAACAGAACUUAAUAAAAAGGAGCUUGCAGCACUUAGACUCUGGACGCUCAUUGGAUAACUAACGCUUGCGGUCAUGUAUUAAUAUUGGCAAAUGUUGGAUUUCAGUUUGCUUCCUAAAUCAGAGAAUGGAUUUACUUUAGCUAGCGGCGGCACAUUUAGGGCUUUGACUGAAUGAACUUUUUAUGUACAUAAAGAGUGAUUUGAUAUUUUGAUGAUCGAUUUCUAUUCACUAUAGUACUUAAUUCAUAACAGUAUUGUCACUGUUUACUGUAACUGCAAUACAAUCUAGAUUGGCCUCUGGGUUGCCGUGUAUUUUAACAUAUCUUUUGGCAUUUAGGCUAGACUUGCGUCGAUGCAUUUUAGUUUUUCGUUGACGUAAACGCGAUCGUUUUUUUUGUGUGUUUUUUGUUGUUGUUGUGUUUUCAGUUUUAAAUGCUUCUCAGUGUUUAAGAUAACCUAUCAACUUACAGUAUCAUCGCUGGCCUUUUGAGUGUUUCGAGGUGUUAUCGGUGUAAUUGUUUCAAAUAUCUGUGGAAACGAACCUUUUUGUCCAUGUAUUGAAGUCUGUUUUGAUACAUUCCUUCAGGGUGGAUGCAUAGCCUUGUGGUUUUGUUUGCGUUUUUGUUUUCCAGUGUGUAGUAGAGCUGCGUCUUUACCGUCUCCUCAGCUGGUAUUUUUUUUUUUUUCAAAUCAGCACCAAAGACUGUUCGUUAAUCAUUUCUGAAGCUCGGUCGAGACUAUUUCUCCUUUGAUCUCCAGCGUACUUUUGCAGUUAUCGACAUUGGAAUAUAUAUAUUGUGAAAUCUCUAUUUAAAAGGAGAAAAAAAAAACAAAGAAAAAAAAUUUGAGAGGUUGUUGUUUUUUCUGAGCUGUUUUUUUGGGGCAAAUUGUAUUUGAAAUGUAUAGAUAAUAAGCUGCUAUGUACUGAUUAUCUGCCACUUCGUAGCUGUGAAUUUAGAGGAGUAACUCAUUCUAGCCUGCAUUUUCUCUCUGUAUUGUAGUUCCGGAUACAAUAGAAGUGUGUGUGUGUGUGUGUGUGUGUGUGUGUGUGUGUGUGUGUGUGUGUGUGUGUGUGUGUGUGUGUGUGUGUGUGUGUGUGUGUGUUUUUGUUUUUUUCUUACAUAGUAUAUUGAAUGCUAUUCCUAUAUGCUAGUGCCUCUGUAUAUUGGCUGUGUUUUUGAAGUGUAAACUGCUGUACUAUGGAAGUUAUGAGUUUUUUUUAUUCCGUUGCUUUUAGUUGCAUUGUGUGUUUCCAUGCGGGUGCGUUUAGUGUCAGUAUUUCAAAUGUAGGCCGUUAGAUUCUGUGGCCGGCGUGUCGUCGCCGGCCUGUUAUCGCUUUUCUCCCAACUGUAUUGCAACUCUUCGUACUGUACAACUCGUGCCUUUCUUCAAACGAGUGGCCGGCAGAUUACGUCCACUCGUCGCGAUCGAGGUCCUCCGGAGGGGAUCAGCUCCUAUUUUUCACAUCACGAAAAACCCCAAAGUUGUUUGUUUGUUAGACUUAAGAAUGGGUCUGGAAACAAGUUUUUGUUUUUUUUAACAGAAUCCUAAGAAAGUACAAGUCAGGGAAUGUUAUCUUGCGCUCACUGAAAAACAAACAAACAUCAGGCCUCAAUAUUCACAAAUGCAAAGCUUUAUCCUCACACAUGAAUGUUGUUGUGGAACUCGACACAUCCAGUUUUUUGUUUGCAAAUGAGUUACUUUGUUGUAUUUGUGAUGGCUACUGAUGGCUGCUGUUUGUCUCUCGUCAUCAUCAUGUUGACAGUCUCCUGUAUGCAGCCAUUACCAUAAGUAGAUAUCAUUGUGUGUUCCAUUCAGGUGUUCUUUCAAAAGGCUUUAUCCGUCAAUCACACUUAAAAGUUUAGGUCUAAAGUUUUGCUCUACGGCCGCCACCGUAACAAACAAACAAAAAACAACAACGUUUGCUCGGAUGUCUGACAAAAAACAUGUUUUUAAAAAAAACUUGUUUUGGGAUAAUGCAAGAUAAAGCGCUACAGUGUAAUUUGACGAAUAAUCUGUUAAGUCAUAACAAGAAAAUGUCAAGAACCAUGCGAAAAAAUGAUCUUGUAAAAUAACAAAACAAGAAAAGCUUCUGGAGAAAUGCUAAUAGUUUUUUGUCACGGCGCUUCUUAAAUGUUUUGCAUUAUAAUGGUUUUGCUGUAUCGCUAAAGCAAUGGAGGGUCUCUGAAUAGGCUACUGUUUGGACGAGAGGGUGCACCGUUCAGCUUGCAGAACCGCCUAGAAUUAUAACUGUGUGUGUGCGCGCGCCUGUGUUUUGUGUGGCACAGUAAUAUAUCCCUUCAAGGAAAAUGUUUCUUUUUUUUGUGUUUUUCUUUCCUCAAAAUGUUGUUGUUUUAACCAUGUGGUGUGCAGCCUCUCGUUGAUUCCCCGAGAUGGCUCAAGUCUGUCAGCUCAGUACCUGUGAUGAGAUGCCCCCCCCCCCCUUCCACAAUCACUUUAUGAUCGAAUAACCCCCCCGGCCAAGUCACUAGAGGGUCCCGGAUCUAAAAUCUUAACCAGCACAUGGAGCCAAGCAGCCUUAAAUAACAACUCAGGCCUUAGGACUCUUUAAAAAGUACUUCUAAAACAUAUUUUAAGGGGAUAAACAAGGAACUAUUUCUGAAUUUUUUUUAAUUAAUUUUUUUAAACAAAAAACCAAGAAGGCCUGUGUCUCCUGGGUCCUCGUGUGACAAAACUACCCAUUGAACAGGCGUGGGUCUGGACAUCUGAUCUGGGAUCUGGGUUGAGGAAUGACUUGUGCAAAAUGUUGACUCCUAAGACCCGUUUUAGGUUGAUUUUUGUACCACACCGAUCUAAUCAUCUGGUUGACAGUUAUUGUAUUUAUACACAAAUAUGUAGACACGAUUGUUAAAUUGAAAAACUGUUACUGUUCUAAGUAUGCGUAGAUCUGUGUGGCGUUAUGAUUUUAAUUUUGUUGAUUUUAAUUAUUUUUAUUCUUAAAUGCUACACUAGUUUGACAUGUAGCAAACUGCACUGUGCAAUAUACAACAAUAUGAGGACUGGGGAAAUGAUUAUUGUUUGGAUGUGAUAAUGUGUGUCUUACCAGUUUGCGGUAGUCCCCCCCCCCUUCUAGUUCUCAGUGAGUUUCAAUGUGACCAAGCCUUAUGUACCUUGUCACAAAAAGCGGGUUCCUUCUUGGUGACUCUUUUUGGUGAGUGUCAAAUUAUGAAUUGAUGGUGUACUAUGUCAAGAUUCACUUUGAAUUAAAAAAAAAAAGAUCUUUUGCUUCA